UGUUAAGUGGACUUCAAAGGCCCAGUAAUACAUCGUAACCACUAGUUAACCGAGAGAGAGGGGGAGAGAGAGAAUCAGAGAGAGGGAGAGGGAGAGAGAGAGAGACACAGAGAGAGAGAGGGAGAGAGAGAGAUGGGAAGAGGGAAAGUAGAGUUGAAGAGAAUAGAGAAUCCAACAAACAGGCAAGUGACUUUCUCAAAGAGAAGGAAUGGUUUGCUGAAAAAAGCUUUCGAGCUCUCAAUCCUUUGUGAUGCUGAAGUUGCUCUCCUCAUUUUUUCUCCCACCGGCAAAGCUUAUCAGUUCUCCAGUCACGAGAUGGACAGGACAAUCGGAAGAUACAGAAGUGAAGUUGGACUGUACCAGCCUAAUAACGAAGGUUUUAGAACCAUGGAGAUUUGGAGGAAUGAAAUUGAUGAGUUGAAGAGAACAAUUGACAACUUGGAAGCAACACACAGGCAUAUUGCUGGAGAAGAUCUAGGAAUGUUGGGAAUGAAAGAGCUGAAACAGUUGGAGCGGCAGCUGAGGGUCGGGGUUGAACGUGUCCGAUCUAAGAAGAGACGUAUCAUAUCCGAGCAUAUUAACAUGAUGAAGAGACGGUUACAUGCAUGCCCUGAUUCGGAUCCAAACUCAACUACAACAAGGUGGCCUGGUAGGAUAUACAUUUCUUCAUUUCAGCAGAAACAGCUGCAAGAAGAGAACACACGACUGCAGAAGAAAUUGCAUGAACUUGAGGAAGUUGGCAGUGCAAACUCGAGAAGUGUACUCGGAGUGAAUGCAUGCGAUUCAUUUCAAAGGUUUGUGGAGCAGGAAGGAGCUGAGCACUGAAGACUUACUGAAGCAAACAACAUGCAUAACAUGUCAAGUUCUCUCCAUAUUGAUCAAAAGCAGCUCGCUCUAUAUAUAUAAGCAUGCAUAUAUUUAUAGUAAUAUUCCCAGAAACAAUAUAUAUAAUGUAUAUAAGCUCGUUCUAUAUAUUGAGUCUUUUCUCUAUUCGUCAGAAGCCGCUAGCUCUAAAGAUGCAUAUACGCAUACAGAAGUGUUGUGAUAUAAGAAGAUCCUUGUGUAUAUAAUCCAUGGCUGUCUGCAGGUUCAGGCAGGGUGGUCUAUGUGAAAUAGUAAGUACGUACUCUACCUUAUUAUGUUGUAUACAUAUAUAUAUAUGCGGCUAUUCAAUAUUGCCUAAUGUAUGUAUUAAUGGAAAUGAAUUGUAUCUGAAGCAAUAUAUAUAAUGUAGCAGCCUUUAC